GCCGCGCGCCAUCAUCCUCUCGCGCUCAAAACAAAAUUCGCGGGAAAGCCGCUUCAGAGACGCAGGAGUUCAAACCGUCGCCAAACAUUAAAAGAAUUAAAUAUUUUUUUUCUAAACAGUUAUAGAGUAAUAACAUACAUCAGUAAUUCAAUUUUGGAUAGUUUUCUAGGCAGGAGUGAUAUUGGUUAGAGUAGAGAGAUCACACUCGGCGUCAGGUGCGGGUUUGUUUUUUGUUGCUGAUUUAUAUUUGAAUAUAUCAUCAAACUACCGCAAAAUACUCCUCAUACAGUGAGACUAUGGCAGCUUCAGCUAGAAAACAAAACAAGAAGACCAAACACACUGACAGCUCUACAGACCUGAAAGCGUUUGACUUCAACAAUCUGGAGGAAAAGAAAGGAAGCGGAUCUGACGAUGAUACGAGAGAUGAAACUCCAAUCAUUGACAAGCUGACCAAGAAAAGAUCUGCAGAGACGUUUGAUGACGAUGAACUACAUGCUGGUGUGGGGAAUGAGGUUCAAAAUAUGCUGGAAAGAUUCGGUGCGGACAUCAGCAAGGCCAUGCAGACCAAAAGGAAACGCUUGGAGGUUCUCACCAAAAACUCCUUAAAGGGCAGCACUCAGAAACUGGAGCAAAUGUGGAAAACCCAGCAGAAUCAGAGGCAGAAGCUGACACAAGAUUAUUCUCAGCAGGUGCUCUCUGUGCUUCAGCAGUGGGAGACUGAUGUUCAGAAAUCUGAGGAGCAGGAGGAGAAACUAAAUAAUUUGUUUCGCCAGCAGCAGAAGCUCUUCCAGCAGGCGAGGGUUGUGCAAAACCAAAAAAUGAAAACCAUCAAAGACCUGUAUGAGCAGUUUGUCAAGAACAUGGAGGAGAUGGAGAAAAGCCAUGAAACCUUCCUGCAGGGCACACAGAUGGAGCUUAGAAAAGAGAUGGCUCUGCUGCAGAAGAAGAUAAUGAUGGACACACAACAACAGGAGAUGGCCACUGUUCGGAAGUCCCUCCAAUCCAUGCUGUUCUGAAAACGUCUUUCUGUUAUUGUCAUCAAUAGAAAUGUGUGGAUGACUUAACCUUAUGUUCUAAAAGGAAGGUUUCUUUUAUUGAAUAUGAGUUUAUAAGUUAUCUCUGUUUUUAUUUUUUACAUCAAUUUGUUCAUUUUAAUGUAGAAUUGUACUCCUGUUGUAUUAUACGAAACUAUCCAAAUAGAUGCUUCUGUAUUUUUUUAAACUAUUAAAGAUCCUGCAAAUUCA